GACUGGCGCCCACGAGCUCAAAUUCAACCACACAUCUCCAUAUUUCCCCCCCCUUGGUGCCCCCUCCUCCUCGAUUCUUCUUAAUUCUUUCGAUUGGUUUCGUCUGCCUGCAUUGUAGACUGUGAAACAACUUGUCGACAACAGUCUUCUCUACUCUAGACAAAGGCUCUCCUCAUCAUAAGGAUGAGGGGAUGCGCAUCCGCUCUGUGCACGUCCUCCGAAUUUCAUUUUCCUCCAUAACAACCGCAUCAGUCUCCCAAAGUCGAGUGUAAAAUCCGACCAGAGGCGUAUUUACGCCUCCACUAUUUAUUUUGGUCUUCGACGACCCGCCACCAAUGGAUGGCCCGUCCAGAUCUCUACGAGCAAUUGCCCCCGUGCACGCGGGGGCGCGAAAAGCUUCGCCUCCAAAAGACAAGGGAAAGCUCAAAGACAAGGAGAGACAGGAAAGUUCGCCAAGUCCGCCACCACCAAAGCCCAAACGCCAAAUUAUCGCUGCUGCAUGUGAAGCAUGUCGCAGACGGAGAUCAAAGUGUGAUGGUCGAAGACCAACAUGCUCCAUUUGUUUGCGCAAGGGCUCCGAGUGUGAAUAUGCGGCUGAACCUGAUGAGAGUCGUGUUGCGGCCAUCAAACGCAAAAACGAGAUGCUUCAGCGCGAGCUGGGCGAGAUGAAGGAAAUUUAUUCAUAUCUACAAACGAAACCCGAGCCACAAGUGCUAGCGCUAUUACACAGGAUUCGUUCUACGCCUGAUUUUGCCUCCGUCUUGCAAAUGGUCCGAGAGCUUGAACAACAGCCACCCCAACCCUCUCGAUCGGCAUCGUACCCGCAGACACCAAUUACGUUACCGCCUAUUCGAUCAUUACUUGAUUUUCCGAUAUUACGUCCCUCGACAGGACCUUCAUCGAGCGACGAUAUGCAAGUUGAAUCGACUUAUCCAGACAGGAUGAGUCUUGACCCUUACGAUUAUCAGAGGCGUUGAUCUCUGUGCCAUGAAAAUUUUGAAGCCACCUCCUCUUCGGGUUACAGAUCGACCCCCUAUCUUCUCAUCGACGUUGAUGAUAUUCUGGACGCCUUGGCCGGUUCUCUGGCCGGUGUCCGUUUCAAAAAUUUCGGUCGCUUUACUUGGACGACCUCUCACUAUUUGUGAAAAUUUUUCGGAUGGCAUUGCCGCUAUGCAAUCCCAUCCCUGCUGCUGGUUGACAUCGACUUCAUUUUGUGUGCUCAAAGCCACAAAGUAGGUCAGCCAUAGCACCUCGUCGAUCGUUUUCAGUAGGAAAUUCCCACGAUCGCG